UCGAUCACAUUUGAUGAUCAAGGAACCUACACUGUGCUGAACGUGUUGGACAACAAGAGGUCCAUCCAUUUAGUGAAGGUUGUCGCUAAAAGGAUUUCCCAGGAUUGUGUGGCUGGUGAAACGUUUCGAAUUCCACUGGGUCAGCUUGUGAAGAAUGAUGCCACACUACAUUUUUCAAACGAAGAUUUUAAUCUCACUCUGGUGGAUCACGGCUCACCUGUAGGCAAUUUACAUCCUGACUACAUGGGACGGAUCCAGGUGACUAGCAACAGCAUCGAGGUACUCAAUGUCAAUGUGUCAGAUGUGGGCAACUACACACUCAGCGAUCGUCUAAAUCGCAAAGUCAAGAUCAUCUCUAUGUACUUGGUUGAUCAACAUCAAGGGAUUAGUACAGGUCCUCUGACAACUCUUCUGCUAUUGCUCGGUAUACCACCCUGUAUUUGCUGCUGCUUUAGAAAUAAGAAUUGUAAAAAGCGAAGGCAACCCACCACCAACACCACUGUUGUGAAGUUCGACAACCAAGUUAAUCCACCUGGACCUCCACCAGCCUACGUCAAUCCUCAGGCUCCUGCAGGCCCCCCACCGGGCUAUACUCCUCCCUACCCUGCUGUAGGUGAGAGUAUUGUUCACCCACCUCCUAAUCCCAUAUUUCCUCCUCAACCACCCUGCAGUGGAUAUCCUUCCACAUCACCUGCUAUGCCCCCUAAACCUGACUUUAACCCUGAAUGCAGCAACCAGAAUCCCCUUUACCCUCCUGCAUCCAGCUUUCCACCAGCUCAGCCUCCUCAGUGGAGUGAUGCCCCGUAUACCCAACCUGCUCCAGCUGGUUUUGCUCCAGUGAUGUAUAACGCUCCUGCAGGCCCUGAGCCAGCCACAGGGGAAAUAACUGCUAUGACUCCACUACUCACACCUCCACAGCCUGAAGUGGCACAGAAUCCAGCUCCGUACACUGCCACUGAUGUCCUGAACUCCUCGGACUCCAACGUCCAGUUCAACACAAACAACGGAAAUGACUCAAGCUCCAACUUCUUGUAGUUUCUUCUCCAUCUUGACUAUUAUUGUAAACACAAAAAAGAGUGAAAUUGUGCUGAUGCAUAGGUUCAUACUUGGUCAUUUGCAAGUAGUCGUUUCAGGAUAUAAAGGAUGGUUUAAUGAACUGGUUAAAACUUGCAAUGAAAUGUAGUAUUGUCUUUUCUAACACAAGGAUGUUUCAGGUAAAUUUUAAAAUACUAUAAGUGGAGUGAGGAAAAAAGAAAGGCUAUAAUGGAUUAAUGAGUGGAUGCCUGGACACCUCACAAGUAUUGUUAAAUGAUGCAUUUGUAACCAGUAGAAUAAGAUAGACUGGGAGCUUGGGCUUAAUACUUUGUGUCUUAAUGUCCUAUGCAGGUUUUUUUUUUUUUUUACUUAGUGUACUAUGUGGAUGUGGAGUGAUGUGAAUGUUGUUGUUUUUUUUUUUUUUUAAAAACUCAGUUAUGUUGUUAAUGCAAGCAGUAAAUUAUAAAAUGUUACCUACCUUUUAGUUCUAUUUUAUUUAUUUUUUUUACCUUGAUUUUUACAUAAUCAGUUCAAAUUGAACGUUAGAAAAGAUUGGUUAUGAAUUUGGAAAAUAAUGAAGAUUUCAUGCUUCUUCAUCAUUCUUGAUGUGAUUGUGUAAAGAAAUAACCUAUAGAAUGUUACUUAGGCCAACAUCUGAAUAUAGUCAAUAUACAGUAGUCCAUUGUACUUAGAAACACAGGCUGCAUAAAACAAAAGAAAGUUUUGUAUUUGAGCACCACCAAGUCGUAGUUUUAUGCAUACACAUACAUAGACGCUGCAUUGGCCUGUUGUUGCGAUAUACCAACAUGUCCGCCAUAUUGAUCCGGGCAAGACUGCCCUAUAAAUACAAGUAAACUGGGCAGCUGCAUUUUUUCUGGAUAAAAAGCACAAUAACGUUUACAUUUCCCAAACGAUUUAAAUGGGUUAUGAUCUACGUGGAGUACAAAAAAAGUAGUUAGACUUGGAAAAUGAGUCACUGUCAAAAGGAAUUGUGAAAACACAUGCUUGUCAAUCACAGAUUUGGCAUAUUUUUCUUGGUUAAUAAAUGCUGAGAUGUCCCUAAUGCAAUAUAAUGUAAUGUACAUGAAAUGUGCGUACAGUUUUAUGUGUGAGUGUGAAUGCAUGUGUGUACCAGAUAGUAUUUUAUGUACUAACUUUGUGUAUGUCAUCUAGGAAACUGGUGUCUCCCCCUGAGAUUGAUUAUGUGGAAUAUUUCAGGAAGGACUGAGUGGAUGAAUGUAAGGGUUUUUACUUGUAUUCCCCCAAAGCAGAUAGUAUAUGGUCAAAUUUGUGAUCUAAUCAUAUCCAAUUGUUGUUAUUGUUAUGUUUACAAUACUGCUAUAUUUUAAACUCUUAGGAUUUCUAGUGCCCUGCAUGUUUUUGUUAAUUGGUAACCCAGAGAUUCCAGAGACACAUGCCUGCCCCCUGCUUCUCUUUGAAGCUGAAAAAACAUUUUGACUGGAAAAAUGCUUGGUCCCAGCUACACACCACCAACCAUUGCUGUAAAGUUUCAGUUUUACAGAAGACAAACAAUGGCAUACCAAGUUGAAAUAUGUUGGUGCACCAAUAAACAGGGCUUGAAACAAGGCUUGAAACAGGGCUUACUUUUAGUGCUGUCUUCUGUGGAAAGAAUGAAGCAGAGCAUCAGUGGGCCUUUCAGGUACUCACUCCAUGUACUUUGAUGAACAUUUGAAGGCUUUCUAAACAGUGCCCACCCAUCUAGAUGGUGUCCUAGGUAGCGGCUUUGAUUUUUACUUCACCUCAGAUAGUCAGACAAGCCAUUCUUGCCCCUUCUCUUGGCCAAAGUAUUGUGUUUUCUGUCAUUUGGACUAGGCCAACAAACCAAUUGCAUCCUUAGUCUUACAACAUUGUUUGUAUGAUGAAACCUUAUUUGACAUAAAUGCAAUAUAAUAAAACUGCUGUUUUUAAAUUA